UCCAACAACAAUAUGGCAACCAACCACAUCGUCAUCAUCGGCGCCGGAGUCUCCGGACUCACCACUGCCUAUCUUCUCUCCCAGGACCCCGCCCAUUCCAUCACGGUAGCCGCCAAGCACAUGCCCGGUGACUAUGACAUCGAAUACGCCUCUCCCUGGGCGGGCGCCAACUACUCCCCAAUGGGCUCGCCCGGCAGCAACCAAGCCAAAUGGGAGCGAGAAACCUGGCAGCCCCUGCAGGAGAUAACGAAGAAGCACCCGGAAGCGGGCAUCCACUUCCAAGACAACGUGAUCUACAACCGCACCAAAGAUCAAGAAACGGCGACAGGCAAGAACUUCGCCGCCCUCAUGAACGCGGAACCGUGGUAUCGCGAGGUGGUUCCUAACUUCCGCGCAAUGCCUAAAGAACAGCUCCCCCCCGGAAUUGACAGCGCCCAGACCUUUACCUCCGUCUGCAUCAACCCAGCCCUCUACCUGCCCUGGCUGGUGGGUCAGUGUCACAAGAAUGGGGUAAUCUUCAAACGAGCCGUCUUUCAACACGUGGUUCACGCCGCCAAAGCCCACCACUCCGGCCUCACGGCAGACGUCGUCGUGAACUGCACCGGUCUCUCAGCACGAACCCUUGACGGCGUGCGCGAUGCGACAGUCUACCCCGGACGGGGCCAGGUCGUCGUAGUCCGGAACACACCCGGAAAGAUGGCCGCGCUGUCGGGGACGGACGACGGGGAGGAGGAGCUGUGCUACAUGAUGACGCGUGCCGCCGGAGGGGGGACUAUUCUCGGUGGCUGUUACCAGGCGAACCAGUGGGAUCCGCUCCCGGACCCUAACCUGGCGGUGCGGAUCAUGAAGCGCGCAAUCGCUGCGUGUCCGGAGCUUGUUGCGGACGGCCAAGGGAUUGAGGGACUGGAUGUCGUCAGACACGGAGUGGGGCUGCGCCCGAUCCGCAAGGGGGGACCGCGAGUGGAGGCGCAGUCGGUGGAGGGGGUGGCGGUCGUGCAUAAUUACGGCCACGGGGGGUUCGGAUAUCAGGCUUCGUUUGGCUGCGCGGCGGAGGCUGUGCGGUUGGUCGAGGAGAGUUUGCGGCGGGUCUCGGCCAAGUUGUAGGAGAUGUGUUGGCCACCUCAGCUAUAAAUUCAAAUCCACUGGUGAUACCC